UGUUAAACAACUGUAUAUCCUGUUUGCUUAUCCAGAGAAAUAUAGUGGCUACAAGUUGUUUGCAUAUCUAGUAGUCCAGUUAUUGCCAAAUCUUGCUACGUAGAACAUUGUUUAAGUAGACAAAAAAAUGAAUAAAAUCUUUUUGUGUUUUGCAGUUUUGUGCUGUGUUCAACAAGGAUUUGCUUUAUUAACACCAGUUAGCCUAGGAAAGCAUAUUAACAAAGAAAGUAAAUCACUUCAAGCGAAUUGCAAAGUAUUAACAGGUGCUACGCAAGACCAGAUAGAUCAAGUAAGACAAGGUAACUUUAACCAAGGAAGCAACAUAAAGAACUAUGCAGCUUGUAUAUAUCUCCAAAGUAGAUUGAUGGACAAAAAUUUUAAUUUUGAUGUUAUCAUGAUGGAUUAUUUUAUGCCACCAAAGCAGGAUUUAUACGUAGAAUAUCUGAAGUGUAACUUACAGUGGAGAAACGCUGACUUGUCAUUCGUAGACAAACUUUGGAAUCAGAUCCAAUGUGUUUAUCAACAUGACCCAGCAAACUUCAUUUUUGUGUAGAGUCUAAAAAAUGGGGAGAAAAUAAACGCAGUAGGACAAACAGUAGUAUUAUAAAGAAUUUUUGUAUUGUCUAUUGUAAAUAAAUAAAUUAUAUAAUUUUAUAUAA